AUGCGUGCUCAAAUUGCCGAUCUCACGUGCAGGCUGGACGAGUCGAACAAGCAGCGCGCGCUCCUGGAAGCGCUUCCGGCGCUGUACAUCACCCAGAGUCAGGAGUUCAUGUACGCUCACGCUAUCGCUGCCGCGUGCUUGCUGGUCGAUGCCGUCCUGCUCUCCCACAGCGGUGGCGGGUCAGGGCAAUACAAGGACACAGCAGCGACGAGCCCGGCAAUGAGUCCGACUUUGCAAAGCACAACCACCGAAAGUCUGCAGAAGACGGUGAAGGAUCAGUCGGACCGGCUGAAGGAGGCGCACCACUCACUGAGGCGACUGACAAAUGAGCUGCAGCAGCGCACCGAGGCCUUGCACCAGCAGGAUGAGAAUCUUGCCGAUCUGAAGCGGCGCCUCGCGGAGUUGGAGGCAUGCAACACAUCGCUCAAGCAGCAGCUGAUGAGCGUGUCGAACACUGAUGAGUGGAGGCAUGUGCAGGAGGAGCUGGACCAGCAACUCGCGCAGACGCGGCUGGAGUAUGAGAGUCGAGAAAGCCAGCUCAUUCUGCAGCAUAGCACCGAGGUGCAGGCUCUGAAGGCAUUACAUGAGCGGGAGGUGCAAGAGAUGCAGCGAGAGCAGCGCGAUGCUGUUGCAGAGGCGGUCCAAGAUGCUCUCGCUAGCAGCUCACCGACACUCGUGCGUGGCGGUGCGCAUCCACCCGGGAUACGUGACGUUUCCGCAGACGACGCCCACCCCUGCAAGUCUGACGACGACGCCUACUUGGACCUCCUGAACGAUUACAAGGCAAUGGAGAUGCGGUGCGCUGCCGUCACGAAGGAACGAGACACCAUCGCGGCUGAGCAGCAGAUGCUGCUGCGCGAACUUCAAGAGCUUCUGGAAUGCACAGUAGGGGCGCUUCCAGCCUCGGACGCAAACGGAACCCCUACCACCUCCGCAACGGCCGCAGACGGGACCCCAGCUGCUGCUGGGUUGGUCUCGCUUGCCGACACUGCCAAUCUCAAAGAAGCUCUGCGCAGGAUCCACGCGCAGAGGCUCACAUUCGUCAAGCUUCAAGAAGAGCUUAUGCACUCUCGUCGCGAAGUGAUGCAGCUGCGGCGCCUCAAAGCUGGACCUCCAGAGGACGGCCUCGGUGCGCAACAGCUGCAGUACGUGCGCUCCGUCGUGGUGCAACUCCUGUGCUCGCUAAGCGAUAUCCGCGUGGCGCGGCACCUGCUACCCGUGCUGAGCAUGCUGCUAAAGUUCACAGAUGAUGACCUGCAGGCGAUUACCAAGGCGAUGCUGCAAUUUACCAGCAGUCGCUAA